AUGGUUGGGUUAUCCGAUCGAUAUAUGACAAUCAAAGAUCGGAUUACGAACAAGUUGUCGCCAUCUGCACGGAUGGCUGUCUCGCUUAGGGGGAUGGCUGGCAUUGGUAAGACUGCUAUUGCCAAGAAACUCUUUUUAGAUCCGUUAAUUUCGACCCAUUUCGAUAGAAGGGCGUUUGUGACGAUAGGCCCAAAAGGUCAAUUUGAAGAUGUCUUGUUGGAUAUUCUAAAACAAGUGAAUCGUGGAGUUGACGAAAAUAUAGUGCUUAUGAAAGGAGAAGGAAAAUUAAAUGGCUUGAAAAGGAUGGUGCAAGGCCGCCUAACCGAAAGCAGAUACUUUAUCGUGUUGGAUGAUGUAUGGGUGAUGGAGCUCUUGUAUCAGCUGGUCGACUUAUUUCCAGACAACAAUAAUGGAAGUAAAAUAUUGCUGACGACUAGGCUGGAACAAGUGGCAGAAAUUGCAAACGAGCAUUGUAGGUACGACAUAAGGUUCUUGGAUAAAAGAGAAAGUUGGGAUCUUCUUCGUCACAAGGUGUUCGAUGAAAUGCCUUGCCCUAUCGAGCUUGAGAGAGCUGGAAAGAAGAUUGCCGAGAAUUGUGAAGGUCUUCCUCUUUUGAUUGUAACGGUUGCCGAAUUUCUUUCCAGAGCUGAAAAGACGAGGGAGUAUUGGAACAUGGUGGCUAACGAUAAACAAAAUUCGGUUUUCGUGGGUGCUUAUGAUCAAAUGUCAAAGGUAUUAUAUCCAAGUUACAACUACUUACCUCAACAUUUAAAGCCCUGCUUUCUCUACAUGGCAGUUUUCCCUCAAAAUUAUAAGAUCCCUCGAUCAAAGCUCUUCAAUUUUUGGAUAGUGGAGGGGUUUCUUGAAUUGGCCUGUUCUCCGGACUAUUCGGCUAAUCAAUUUUUUGAGAGCCUUGUUUCUUGUAGUCUUGUCUUGGUCCACAAGUGGAGCGGUGUCAUGAAAACUUGUAGCCUCCAUUCUUCCUUUUGGUACCUCUGUAAUCAAGAAGCCCGUAAGAGCAAGUUUUUCCAUGGCUUAAAGAGUCUCGACGAUGGUUUAGCAGAAGAAAGUUUAGAAAGUCAACGCCGAUUGUGCAUUCGCAAUAAUGUCUUGUUCGGAAUCAAAGAUGUGUUCGACUCAAUGGCAUCUGUUUCAAUGGUACGCUCUGUCCUAUGUACAGGUCCAUAUCAUCAAUAUCCAGUACCGAUAUAUUUAGGUUUGAAGUUGCUAAAGAUACUCGAUGCCCUUACAAUUCGUUUGUACGAAUUUCCAAUUGAAGUACUUAAUCAAGUUCAACUGACGUACCUUGCUAUUACAUUCAACGGAAAGGUUCCCUCUUCCAUAUCCAAACUAUGGAACCUCGAGUACUUGAUUGUUAAUCGACAUCUGAGCAUCGUAAAGUCCGACGAUGGAAAUUCGUCUUAUCUGCCUACAGAGAUAUGGGAUAUGAAAGAAUUGAAGCAUCUUCAAGUCAUGGGUAGCAACCUACCAAAACCUCGUGAAGGUUCUUUCUUACCGAACCUCUCAACACUCUUAAAUGUGAGUGCUCGAAGUUGUACUAAAGACGUUCUUGAAAGAAUUCCAAAUCUACAAAAAUUAGGAUUCCGAAACGAAGUGGCUCCUGAUAAUAAUGCUGAUCAACCCUUGAGGUUUUUUGAUUGUGUUUCCGAUCUCCGUGAACUGAAGAUACUUAAAUGCAUUAUUGUCAAUCCCAUAUUCAAGAAUGAGGUUGCUUCGCCACUUUUUCCUCUUUCAAUCUUCUCGUCGAAUCUAUAUCAGUUAAAUUUGAGUGGCUUUGGAUAUCCGUGGGAAGAAAUGAAAAAGAUUUCUUCGUUGCCAAAACUUGAGGUGCUCAACUUACGAUGCUACGCCUUUCGAGGCCCGAAGUGGGAAGUUGACCGUCGCGAAUUUCCGAAUCUUCGAUUUCUGUUGAUUGAAGACACUGAUCUAGUACAUUGGACAACCGACGAUGAUUACUGCCUCAAAGAGCUCAUGUAUAUGAAGAUGAAACAUUGCUACAAACUAAAAGAGAUCCCUCGGAAAUUCGGUUUGUCGGUUCAAAAGAUUGAACUAAUUGAGUGCAACCCUCUGGCUGAAGUAUUUAUUGACGGCGGUUAUUCUGAAUCUUCUUUCAUAAGGGAAUGA